AUGGCCAAGAAAAACAAAGUCAGGGCCCUAUUGACCAAAACCAACAGACCUGAAGUACCGCCACCAAGCCAAACGCAACAGGCCGUUGUGGUCCUUCUUUCUCAACAGCCUUCUUCAUCACGCCCAUCCAAGCACGCCCGGUCUACCCCAACCGAGCAGCGUCUAGCGGAUGAGGACGAAACCACCCCUCCACCGAGCCACCCACCGAUUCCACAACCGGAGCGUUCUGACCGGGCUAGCUCUUCCAAGUGGGCACCAAAGCUGAAAUUUCAGAACCGAGAUAUCCAAGAUACCAAUUCGUCUCUUCAGAAGAGCCAAAUUGCCCAUCAAAAGGUAUUGGAGCUCAGGAAAACGGCUAGGCAGGCCAUGACAGAGGUGGAAGAAAGAACAACCGAACUGAAGGAAUCACGACAAAAAACGACCGAGCUAGUGGCUGAGGUAGCUCGUCUAUCCGAACUAGUUACCUCGGCUGAAGCUGACAAACAGAAGGCAUUGACCAUGAUGAAAGACAAGUACCUUCGUGAGCUAGUCAAGCUUGAAGGGAAAAAGGACGCCGAAAUCGCUGAACUGAAGAAGAAGGUGGAUGGUGCCAAUGCCGAAGGUUUCAAGGAGGUGAAGGGCCUCUACAUUCCACAAUCUCGGUUGGAGCCAACGGUUGAAGACCUAACUGUUGAGCCACCGACUGACACCGUGCUGCCAGUUGCUACUGAGACUGAUCUUCCAUCUGCAACCGGUGUUCAAGUUGAUAUUGAAGCCGAUCUUGAAGACCUUUUUAAUUGA